AAGAGAGUAGAGAGAGAAGAGAGAAGAGAGAGAAGAGACGACGAAGAAGAGGCAAACGAGCGAGCCGAGGCGACGUUGCCAGAGUUUUCCUUCUCUCGUUCCCCCGUUAUCUUCUCUCCCUCGUGUUCAUCACGAGAAAAGAGAAAAGGGUCCGUGAAAGUGUAUGAGAAAAAAACGAGAGAGAGAGAGAGAGAGGCAGAGAGAGAGAGAGAGAGAGAGAGAGAGAGAAAGGAAUAAGUAAAUAAAUAAAUAAAUAAAUAAGAAGAUAGAUAGAUCGGGUGAGAGAUAGAUAGAUAGAUACAGAAAGAGAGGGAGAGAGAGAGAGGGGAGGAGGAGGAGGAGGAAGAGUUUGUUGUGUAAAAGUGGAUCUAGGGAAUUUUUCCGAUCCGCCUAGGGAGAUACUUGUCGAUUCGAAUCGGCAGCAGCAAGUUUAGUUCCACUCUCGGCGCGCCGAUUAUACACGGAUGCCAUGAGACCUGCUGCUGCUAAUACUACUACUACUAUUGCUACUACUACUACUACUAUUACUAUUACUACUACUACUACUACAAUACUACUACUACUGAUAUUCCUACUACUACUAUUACUACUACUACUAUUACUUCUAGUACUAUUACUGCUACUACUACGUCGACGUAUCACCGAGACACGUGACAGGCCGAGUUAGAGUACGCUCGACGAGUCAUGAAGAAGCCACGCCUGGAGCGGGACCGACUGCGUGAACGGGAGAGACAGGCCCGUGCCGCGAUGUCGGUUCAGGCAGAACAAGCGGCUGCGGGAGGAAGUGCUGAUCCGAGACACCAUCACCAUAGCCAUCAUAGUCACGCUCAUCACCACGCUAACACACACAGUAGUGCAUCACUUUUCCGUGCUCCAGUGAAGGUGAAUCCAGAUACCCAAGACCGUACUACCCAGCAAAUUCAAUCUAAGCUGGGUAAUUAUUCUUUGGUGAAGCACCUCUUAGAUGAACCAAAGAGGUUAAUUGGAAUCGAGGGUGUCCCAGCAAGUCCUGCACCAUGUACUACUUCUUCCUCUCAUCGUACUACUGUUAGCACAAUCGGAUCAAGCUCCAGGAGUUCGCCAUCUUCGCAGGAAUUUAAAAAGCCCGGUGGCCCAAGGACGAGUAAUUCCUCGUCUUCCACUACGACGUCCUCCACAACUUCUUUAACGACAUCCUCCACUUCAUCUUCCUCUACGUCGUCGAGCCAUCAGCGUGGUGCAUUCGUUAAGCCUGUUGACGGAAAACCACCUUAUGGUGUCCGUACAGGUUAUUCCGGGCAGCUGAAACAUUCUGGAAACAGUAAUAGUGAUCAUCGGAAUCACAGUUUACUGUCCCUUAAGGGACAACCUGUUAAAUCACCUGGAAAUAUCUUAUCCGGGAAUGUAUCCAACAUUGGCAACUCUGCCAAUCGACUUCAUACAGCUGCAAGCAGAUUAUCAAGGUUACCUCUGGAUAACAAACAUAACCCAAGUGAAAAUUCAGCGGACGUGGAGAAUAUUCUGAAGGAAAUGACAAUCCCACCGACUCCAUUAACAGCUAUUGCACAAACACCAAGAAAAGAGUUGGAGUCGAAGUUCACGUUUAAUCCGGUUUUAGCAAAGCUGACCGAAGUUCUUCCGUCAGAUGCAACGAAAACCCUUGAACGGGACAGACACUCCAGUAGCAGAUUGUCCGCUGAUCUGGAAAGAGAUUUAAGCCUAUCAGAGGAUAGCGAGGAUGAAACAAAUAAGAACACUUUACCUAGACCCAUUAGAGGUAACAGAAGUCCAAACGUUUCUGUUAGUCUACCAACCCCAUUAAUAUCAACCAUGGUACCGGGAUCAGCAACUAUUGCACCUAUGUCUCCAAUGCCAAUAUCACCGGUGGGGUCGCUAUCACCUUCGAGGCCUUUGAGUUUACCUCGACCAUCCCCGCCGUUAAAACAAUUAACACCGGAAAAAGUAACGUCGCCAACAUUGGUUAGUCCAUUGAGAACUAAAGAUUCACCUAAUACGUCAACUCAUCAUCGGCCGCCAAGUCCUCCCGGACAAGCCCCACAAAGUUCCGGAAGUGCGAGUUCUAGCUCGGACUCUGGUUCAGAUUCUGGGAGCGAUAGCAGUGAUGAUUCUGAUGAUGAGAACGUUCAACCAAUUGCGAAGGGACCUUCAACACCUCCCUCUGUCUCUCCUGGAGUAGUUGAAGAACCACCGCCUGAGGUUGAAGAAUCUAAACCAAGAUGGAAUUUAAGUUCCUUCUUUAGCAAGUCUUCCGUGCCACCGGGUGAUCAAAAUUCAGAAACAAAGGCUAUGGCUCAGGAUGAAAUCAGACCGGAGGGUACACCAGAAGAACCGUCGGAGAUAAGAGUACAUAGAGAAAAGUCACACGAUUGGCAUUUAGAUGAUGCUUUAAAAAGAACUCAUAAUCCGACGAUGAUGAGUUUACUAAGUGACAGCAGUCAUCAUUCAGAUCAAGAAAAAGGUCAGACUGUUGAAGAAAGUCAUUUAGAGGUAGAGAAACCAAAAGUAGCGGACACAAGAAAACGUGGUCGACCGAGAAAAUCGGCGAAAAGUCCAAAGCGCGAUCGUAGAACGUCAGAUGAAAAUACAAAAAGUACUAUAUCGCGUAGUAGGACACGGCCAGUUAAUAAAAAAAAGAGAUCGAUUUCGAAAGCGAUUGUGCCAACUAGCGAUGAUGCAAGUGACAUAAGGUCGCGGGAUGCAUCAACUGAUUCAGAUAGUGAUAAACCUGCCGCAACAGUUACACCAGCUAUAACAGGCAUAACUGAAAAAAGAAGAUCAAGAUUGAGCAUAUCAUCUAGCGAGGACGAAAGUCCAUCAAAUGGGAAGAACAGCGGGUCCGAGGGUGAGACAGGUCGUUGGAGAAGAACUUCUGUUAAGCAACGUAGUAAACUCGCGGACUCCCCCAAGAAGCAAGAUAAGAAGAAGAGUCCGGCCAAGGCGAAGCCAAGAAGGCCAAGAUCGAGAGUUACUAACAUCAAUGGCGGUUCCGAUUCCGACAGCGAAUCUGAAGUUGCUACGAGGAAUCGCAUUCAAGUGGCCAGCGUUCACAUGUAUAGAGUUCCACCUAGACCGCGAAUACCACCAACGAGGACAACCUCACCGGACAAUUCUGAUAGCGACAAUAGUCCAACUCCGAAAUUGCAAGAAGACGAUGCCGGCAAUGUCCAGGAUAAGAAAAAGAGCGAUACCUUGCGAAAAUUGUUUUCUAUAUCCAAAGGAGGUGCGAAAGGUGGUGGCAAGGGUGGAAAAGGUGGCAAGGGUGGUGGAAAGUGCGGUAUUUAUGUUCAGGAGUAUACAUCCUCGGCUAACACACCAAAUGGUAGUGAAAGCCCGUACAAAAGACCGCUAUCGCAAUCAUCAAACAUUCAAACAAUACCUCCGUUAACCUAUAAGAACGGUGUGCCCAGUCUAAUGUGCAAGAUAGACCUUAGUAGGAUAGCCCAUUUAUCGCAAAUGUCGAGAGGACAGGAACUCAGGCAACGGACAGAACUUCCGGAUACCAGGCCAUCCUCCAGACAAUCUUCGAGCAUACACGCUCAAGUACCAAGACCACCUACUCCAGAGGAAGGCGAGAUAAUCGAUGCAUCGCCGGUUCAGCAACGUUCAUCGGACGUUAGGAGGACUCAUGGCGAUAAUAACACAUUGGACCAAAGUGAAAAGAAGAGUCGUUCUAACCUCGUAAAAAAUGACACUCGUUCGUCGGACUCAAAAAACUGCACUGGUAGUGGCAUUCACAGUGCUGGUGGUAGUGCCGGUGCUGGUAGUUCUAGUGCCACGAGUUCUAACGUAACAAAGAGGAAACGGAAUACCAGCUGCAGUUCAGUUUCUAGUUUAAGUACUGUUUGUUCUACGGACUUGAAGUCAAAAGGCAGCAGUACCGAGCACAAAGAGAAAAGGAGGAAAAGGAAGCACGCCGAAUCCGAAACGACCACGCCUAGACCGUCUUCGGCUCAGCAAAAUGACGUACAACCUACAAAUCACGAGCGGGAAGAAAAAAGUGAUACAAAUUUGUUACCACCGCCACCCCCGCCACAACGUAUCUACUAUUCGUAUUUUCACGCGCAAAACGAGGUGUUGGAAGACCAGGACAGGGACCAGAAUCAGUACCUGACGGAAGCAAAACGGCUGAAACAUAGCGCUGACGAGGAGUGCGAACUCACGGCACAAGGUAUGUUAUACUUGGAGGCUGUUUUGUAUUUCUUGCUCACUGGCAACGCCAUGGAGUCUGACCCUCUUACAGAACGGGCGUCAUUCACGAUGUAUAGGGACACACUAAGUCUUAUAAAAUAUAUUUCAUCAAAGUUCAAGAGCCAACAAAAUAACUCUCCAGAGAGCAGUAUAAAUAACAAGUUGGCUGUUCUGAGCCUCUGGUGCCAGUCUCUUUUAUACUUAAAAAUGUUUAAAAUGCUCAAACACGAAGUGAAAGAAUAUCAAAAGAUCCUUAAUGAAUACCAUCAAAAGCCGGCUCAAGCAACACCAGUACAACCGGAAGGUCAAGGUACACCAUCUUUGUCUCCAACACCAUCUCCUGCCGGUUCAGUUGGUUCGGUCGGUAGUCAAAGUUCCGGUUACAGUAGUGGUGAAUUAGCUAAUAGAGGAGUUGCUUCGGGUCAACCCCAGGCAGCACCUUACGUCAGUGUUCCACUCCAUGUCCAUAAUGCCAUGGCAAAACAAAAUUAUUACUUUAGUUUGCUGUUAACCUGUCAUGAUCUUUGGGAUCAAGCAAACGCUUUGGUAACAGAUAAACAUAAAGAUUUUUUCAUUGAGCUGGACGAGAAGAUGGGACCUCUAACACUGAAGAGCUCGUUAUGCGAUCUCGUACGUUACGUAAAAGCUGGUAUAAAAAAGCUUCGAGCUCUCUGACCACAAUGGCACAGCCCCCGGCCACCUACUCCCAACUACAUUACCUCACUCCCACAAAACAUCGCAACGUAUCCAACGAUGUUCACGUGAAUCCAACGUGACACACAUGUACGUCCUGGAUAUAAUCGUCGUAACAU